ACAACACUCAGCUAUAUUGCCGAGUUGCAGCGAACUCACCGAGCACCCUCACACCUUAGAGGCGUCCCUCACCGCCCAGCCUUGACACAUCACCUGGCAGGCGGGCAGGCAGAGCGUGGACCUUUCCUUCCUAGCACCUGGGCCCCUACUCCAGAAGACUGCGGCUGGCCGAGCCCCCGGCAGGGCUUUUAUUGUGAAAGGAACUCCCCCCUCCCGCGCUUUCGGGGGAAUGGGGAGGCUGGGCCCGGACGCGCGGCAGGGACUUUGCAAACUCUGCAAACGUCCCCAGUAGACCGCAGAGGCUCGCGGCUGCGGGUAGGCUCCCGCAGAUCCCGGCAGAUCUCAGUAGAUCCGGCGUGCAUUCCCCACCCGCGGUGUAUCCCGGCGUGCAGCGAUCUCCCGAGAGUUGGCGCGGGGCCACUUGGCUGCAGGGAAGGUGUGCACCUUCAGUCCGGGAAACGCGCCCCAGCCGAGUAGUCGCGCAUCCUGUGGAGCCUGGCGAGCCACCGCGCCGGGGGCGGGCAAGGGGAGGCGGGAUGAGUCUGCGAGCCGGCUGAGCGCGUCGAGGAGCCGGCCAGGACACCGCCGGGGACAUGGCAUCUUGGCUCUGGAGAAGGCUGCGUGGCAAGAGGCGGCCAGUGAUAGCGUUCUGCCUCUUGAUGACCCUCUCUGCGAUGGCUGUCACCCGCUUUCCCCCACAGCGUCCAUCUGCCAGCCCAGACCCUGGUCCCGUGGAGCCUCAGGGGGUAACUGGCACCCCUGCAACCCGUAUCCGGCAGGCUUUGAGCUCCAGUCGGAGGCAGCAGGCAAGAAACAUGGGCUUCUGGAGAGGCCGUGCUUUGCCCAGGAACUCCAUCUUGGUCUGUGCUGAGGAGCAAGGCCAUAGAGCAAGAGUGGACAGAAGCAGGGAGUCCCCAGGAGGGGACCUCAGGCAUCCAGGGAGGGUCAGGAGGGACAUUACUUUGCCAGGGCAUCCAAGACUCAGUACUCAGCAUGUUGUGCUCCUGAGGGAGGAUGAGGUCCGAGAUCCAGGAGCCAAAGACCUGGGUCACCCCCAGCAUGGCGGUCCCAUCCAAGAGACACAGAGUGAGAUGGUUGCCCUGGUCAGUCCACUCGCAGGGAGCGACGUGGCAGCUUUACGGGCUUGGAGAGCUACUGCUGGGCUGACAUUCUGGCCCCAUACAGCAGAAGGCAGGGAUCUGCUGGCAGCUGAGAACAGAGCCUUGACUGGUGGGCGACAAGCAGAGAAUCCCACCUUGGCCUCAGGGGCUCAUCAGUGGCCUGGCUCUGUUGAGAAGCUGCAAGGGUCAGUAUGGUGUGACGCUGAGACGCUGUUGAGCAGCUCGAGGACUGGUGGGCAGGCUCCCCCAUGGCUGACAGACCACGACGUGCAGAUGCUCCAGCUGUUGGCGCAGGGGGAGGUGGGGAGCAAAGCCAGGGUCCCUGCCCAUGGGCAGGUGCUACAGGUUGGCUUCUCCUCUGAGGGUGCCCUUCAGGGCAUGUCCUCUCCCAGGCUCAGCCAGCUCUGCUCCCAGGGGUUCUGUGGCCUGAUCAAGAGGCCUGGGGACCUGCCUGAGGUCCUGUCCUUCCACGUAGAUCGUGUGCUGGGGCUACGCCGGAGCCUACCUGCUGUGGCCCGCCGCUUCCACAGCCCCCUCCUGCCCUACCGCUACACAGACGGUAGAGCGAGGCCUGUCAUCUGGUGGGCGCCCGAUGUGCAGCACCUGAGUGACCCGGAUGAGGAUCAGAAUUCUCUGGCCUUGGGCUGGCUGCAGUACCAGGCCAUGCUGGCACACGGCUGCAGCUGGCCAGGCCAGGCCCCAUGCCUGGGCAUCCACCAUACCGAGUGGGCACGCCUGGCACUCUUUGACUUUCUGUUGCAGGUCCACGACCGCUUGGAUCGCUACUGUUGUGGCUUUGAGCCUGAGCCCUCAGACCCCUGUGUAGAAGAGAGGCUCCGAGAGAAAUGUCGGAACCCAGCCGAGCUACGGCUGGUCCACAUCCUGGUCCGGAGCAGCAAUCCAUCUCACCUGGUCUACAUCGAUAACGCUGGCAACCUUCAGCACCCUGAGGACAAGCUGAACUUUCGGCUGCUGGAAGGCAUAGAUGGGUUUCCUGAGUCUGCCGUGAAGGUUCUCACAUCAGGAUGUCUACAGAAUAUGCUGCUUAAGUCGCUGCAGAUGGACCCCGUGUUCUGGGAAAGCCAAGGCGGGGCCCAGGGUCUGAAGCAGGUCCUCCAGACCCUGGAGCGGCGAGGACAGGUGCUGCUGGGACACAUCCGAAAGCACAACCUCACACUCUUCAGAGACGAGGACCCGUGAGCCUCACACCAGCCCUGAGUCAAUGAGCAUCCAUCCUGAUGGCCACAUUUUCUUGGGCUCACUCAUCUUGAGGACAAAUGGGAAAAGCCAGAAGCCAGAGGGGCACAAGGAUGUCAUGGGAUUUUUCACCUGCCCAGGAUGGUGGAGGUAGCAUGGGGUUUUCAAUAUCAAUGCAUCCCUUUCUGCUUUCUCGGCUCUGGCUAUUUAUUCCCUUGCACCAACAAAUACAUUAAAAAAUGUUCUGGAGCUGCUCAAGAUACUGUAAAAAUGUGUGAUGCAUGUGCAUAUGCAGAGCUGGAGAACUUUGUGUGUGUGUAGAGGUGUGUAGGUGUGGGUGGCAUGUGUGCAUGCCUGCAUGCAAUACAUGAGCCAAACCUAAUAAAGGUAAAAUCUUCAUAGAACUGCACUUGCAGCCUAGAGUUGCUUUGGCUGAAAGUAGACUCAGGUCUAAUAAAUGACACAUAAUGUGUUUGUCUUUAUAGACUUUAACUUUUCAAUUAUUACUCAGUUAUGUUUUUUGGUUUAAAAAAUUAUAAAAGUCUAAAAGUAAUACAUGCUCAGUAAAAACAAGUUCAUAAAUAAUAGAAGCAUAUGACAAAAAGCAUAAGUUCCACAAACUCUCUAGCAGUGUGUAUGUGUGUGUGUGUUAUUCAUGGUCACACUACUUGCAAUUUAAAAAAUAAAAGUGUGGUUAUGCUUUGUUUGUCAACUCACUAUAUUUUUACUUUAUUAACUAUAUUCUGUAUCAGCCAUCUGAUUUGACCCAAUCUUUAUUGGUGACUGCAUGAAAUUCCAAGGCAGGGAUGUGUCAUAUUUUCUUUAGCUGGUCCCAUAAUCCUGAACAUUUAAGUAGCUCCAAUUUUUCAUCAAUUACAGACAUUGCUGCCGUGAACAUGACUCCAUGGCGUGCAAGUAUUUCUGCGAGCCAGAUUUCCGUAAGGGAUUUCUGGGGCAAAGGGUAUGGGCAUUCAGUAUUCUGAGAGAAACUGCCAAAUUGCUGUCCGAAGUGGUGGUGUCAAUUUACGUUUCUCCCAAGAGGGUAGGAGACUGAUUAUUUUUCUACACCCUCACCAACACUUAACAUUCUCAGACUUUUGGUUUUUAGGAGGAAAACCUAUUUAAAAACUGCAUUUCCUUAAUCAUGAAUGAAAUCAUCUUUCCACUUAUUUGCCAGACAUUUGUAUUUUCUUUUCUGCAUUGUCCUUUUCUUUUAAGAUGCUUGCCCUUUUCUUGUUACUUUGUUGGAAAUCUUUGACUCUAAUGAGUGUAAUCAAUCUUUUCUCUGUUGA